CGGACGGAGAGAAAAUAGUUUUUUUAAGAGGGAGGAAAAAAAUACGCAAAUUCCCACGGUUCCAGGUAAUUCAUUACAACGCUAUUUAAGAAAUACAAUGUGAAUGAUUACUUUCAUAAGUAGGGGGGCUUUUAUCUCUAAAUAAGCGUCACAAUGCUUCACAGAGAGCAGUGAAUAAACGUCUGACUGCGACUGAUUUUUACUUUCCGCCGAAGAACUUAAAAAGAGAGGAAAAGACACUUCAUCGAUCACCGUGAGACAGUAAUGCACUCAAACGGUUGAUGGUACCGACAAAGACACAACAGCUACACCGCCAGUAGCCAUGGAGGAGCAGGCCGGUCGGAGUGGCAGCGGUGGCAGCAGCAGCGGGGGCAACAACAACAGCACCGAUCAGGGCUCCUUCGCCGAGGUCACUGUCAUCGACUCUCAGUUCCAGCACUUCAGCAGCUACAUCGAGGUCAUCCGCGUCUUCAAGUGUCGGCUGUGCACCUUCUGCAGCCCGCUGGAGCAUGUCAUCGCCAGCCACAUGUCCGAGGUUCACUUCCCCCGGCGGUGCUUCCUCUGCAAGCAGUGCCUGUUUGUCUUCGAGGACAGGGCGCAGCUGGUGAGCCACCUGGACUCGGCGCACGGCACCAAGAGCAUCGCGGUGUGCUUCGGGGACAACGUUAACGGCGGCUACUCGUCACCUCCACCGUCCCUCAGCAUGAUGAUGCGGACAACAGAGGGAGAGGAGAGGAUUGCUCAGCAGAUGGCUGAGGAGACGGGUGUGGAAGAGACGAGUGGACGGGUCACCUCGAGCACGGGCAACCUCGCCAACCUUGCUGAGGGAGUUCCUGUCAGUCCGAUUCCAACAGAUUGCACGGCGCUUUCAGGUGCUCCAUCCAGAAAGACACCACCAGAGGGAGGAAGAGCAAGCGAGCCACCAGCGAUCAUCAUCGACUCCAGACAAGACCAACUUCAGUCUCGUAGCAGCUCAUGUCACCCAAGCAGCUCAAACCAAGUCUACAGCAGCCCGGAUAUCAUUGACUGCGAGGCUCCAAACUCAAGACUAGAAGUGCCAAGCCGUCAACAGCAACCUCCUGUUUCCUUACCGCCCAACGCAGAGCUCCGCGUCACAAUCGGAAACACGUAUUGUCAGUCCUACAUCAAGACAGAGCCGAUUAGCCCCGUAAGAAGUGCAGAGUCACAUCCAAAGCCGAAAGCGAGACCUUUUCUAAGUAGGAGUCGCCAUGACCCAAGGUCUUACAUGCGUAGGUGGUCUCUUACAGAAAAUUCCUCACCCGAAGAUGCUUUGGCUAACGCCAACUCAAGGAUGAGUAGAUCAUUUGACAUACCUGGCUCCGAAAGCGGGUUACAAAAUGGUAUUGAAGAGGUUGAAGAUAUGAAUUCCGAGAAAGAUGUGAGGGAUGAAGGGGCUCAGAAAUCAAGCCAUAUUAAUGGGGAGGUAAUGAGGGAAAGUAGUAGCGAUGUUCCAGAAAAUAGAGAAAUUAGUAACAAAGCGGAAUGUAACAAAAGUGCUGAGGAGAGAGGGAGAAUGAUUGAAAAGAGCAAAUCUAUGGAUGCUGUUAGAGAAACUCGUACUUUAUUGGGAGGGUCAAAGUCUUACGUGGGCGGGCGUUCCGUAGAUGGAAGGCCACCACGCUUAGUUAGACAAAGUGUAGUUGAAGAAAGUCCAGGGAACUCACCCCUCCCUAGAGUAAUGUCACAGGAGGACUCAAGUAGCCUGGAGAAGAGCGACAGGUCCCAUUUAACUGUUCCUUUCAGCGGAGCGGAAAUGAUGAGGAGGGAGAAUUUUAGUCGUAGUUUUCCUGGCACCAGUGGUAAGCCAUCCGUUGAGCCUCACCAAAAUCAGAAACCAUCCGAAGGUAGUCAAAACUUCAGGCACACUUUACGGGAUCUAGUCAGUAGCCGAAUAGAGCACGGGGAGAGGCAACAGCAACAGCAACAUCAGGCGACAGCUCCUCAUACCUCUGAAUCCAAUCAGUUUGCCAACCUGGCCGUCAGUAAUGCUGCAGCAACUUGGAUGAGGGCAGGACGAGUGCGUAGCUACAGCAUCAGUGAAGGAGAAAUGCGAGGAUUCCAGGCGAAUUUACACCCUGAUGGAACUCACCUGAAACCUGUCGAGGGUCAAAUGGUGCCAGGCGCUUUGGAGAGAGACCAAGCUACAAAUGGACAUUCUCGUUUGCCUCCAGGCCACCCCCAAAUGCCCCACGGGCUUCAUCACUAUCCAGGAGGGUUAGUCUACCAACCUUUCUCGAUUGAAGGUGAGCCGAAGCAUCUCAGAUACUACAAUCAGGGUCCGAGGAUGGCCAGUCAGAAUUCUGUUGAUGGUCUACCACACCCGGCUAGAGUGAGGCUGGAAGAGAAUGGGCAACACCCGAUUCAAAAUCAACCGAUGGAAGAGUCUUUCUUGUACAAGUUCCUUCGCAACAAUGGUGGUCGAAAGUACAGACGCAACUCUGUGAAUAUGGGCAGUGAAGGCCCAGCUGCAGCUCUAAUGUCCCCACAUGGUGCUCCCCCUCGUGGGUUCAUCCCCCAUCCUGAAGGAGUAGAGCCGAUUGGAUUUGAUAGACAUAGAGGAUUGCCUUGGCCACCACCCCGUCAUCAUCACCCUGACCAUCCCUUCCCACAGCAGUCACCUUUCCCCUCUCACAUGCCACCUUAUCAAAUGGUUUGGAAGGACAAGCUUGAUGCCAGCCAGGUCUCGCCCAAUACAUCAGUGAAUGGUGAGCAAAGACCAGGGGUAGAAUAUGGCAGUGUGCCAGAGAGAGAACCGUCUGGGAGAGGUGACUCAGCCGGUGUUCCAAAUGGGGUCGUAGUUAUUGAUGGAAAGGUUAUUCGGGCAAAGCAGGCUGAAGGAGGUGAAUCUAAUCAAGACCUGGCGAAGGAUAUCACCAGGCAGGUCCAACAGGUCAUGGGUGGUACACAACCUCUCUAUAAUUCAACUGAUCGACACAUGCCGCCUUGGAUGGAAGGCAAUGACCGACCAGAGUCACCAGAUGAUCCCAUGGAUGGCGAUUCUGCAGCACAGAGACGCAGCCGUAAGUCAACGUUUAACAUCUACCGUGAGAUUCCUGAACGGAAAAGAAAACUAGACCACGACGAAGAGGAGAAGAUUAAACACAGUUACAAUGCAGACGGGAGCUUUGACUACUUCUCGCUGACCGGCUGGAAGGCGUACAAGUGUGACCUCUGUAAGAAGCGUCGCUUCAAGACGGCAUCCGAGCUGCAGGAGCAUAAGCAACGGAAGCACGGUCUAGAGAGAAGCCACAGUAGUCAAGGAAGCUUAAACGGCAUUCCUGAGGGUGGUCUAAACCCGUCGAUGAUGGAAAUCAACGAGCCAAAUGAUUCCCCGGCUUCAGGGUGAAGAGACCUUUCAGCGAGUAAGAUCACACUGAUUGGCUCGUUGUAUUUUCGAAAAACCGGCAUGGAAGCUGUUAUCAGCCUUGCCUGUUGUAACCUAUUGAGGAAUUGUUGGAGCUCUUUCUGAAGGUGUUGAACCUGCUCCGGGAAAAAGUUGCGGAGAAGUUUUAAGAGCUCACUCUGUCUGAUCUUGAGGGGUCUUAAAAGUUGGCAGCGAUACUCCAUAUACAUUGGGGUUGUUGCGGUCACCCCCUCAGGAUGAGGAUGUUUUAUUUUUGUGUUGUGUGCUUCAGAGCCGCAACGGUCUAAGUUGGAGUGACAGGGUUUAUGGUGAAGUGAACAUUGGUUGAGUCGUGGUCUUGUGUGAAAGUGCACCUGUGGUUUAUUUUUUUGAGAUGAUGCUUCUUGUGCUUCCUACACGAACAAUGCUUUUGGGUUUCCGGUCUCACUUUAUAACUGAACUGUGAAUCAAUAAGUCUGUUUUUUAUAUAUUAUUCGGUAGGCUUCGUUUUUUUGUUUUGAACAUUUCGUACAAUCUGUAAAACAUCCGAAUACUUCGAUGAAUAUCAUGGAAACACGAAUCUAGUUGUCCUGCAUAUUUGCCUUGGCUGUCCCAGUGCCUAGCCAGAUUUUUAAGUAUGGACAUCGAAUUCCUGGUUUGGGACAAAAGACAUUUUUAUGAGGAAGCUAAACUCUACUGACAGAAGACCCUCACGGAAGUGUAUUGUUACAUUUUGUUAUACAUGCAAGAAACAAGCAUGUACUUAAAGUCAGCUGAGGUCACAUCAUUGGCCAUCAUGGUCUUUUGUUUUCCUUCCCUUUUUGAGUUUAAGUUCAAACAGCAUUUCGUUGGACCUUUUCUAACGGUCAUUGUUCAGUCUGUACUUGCUUCAGAUGAAGUGUCAUAGAGGCAACAACACAAUGUUUGUUUCUAAGUAGAAUAAUUAUGUGGAGAACUCUGGGCGAUCUUGCUUCAAAGACGAGGUUUGCUUCAAGUGGUGAGGCAAGUUACGGGACUGUGUUUCGGAGACUUGCGUUACAAACUUGUAGUUUACGCAGUUCAAUCUUGGUGUUUCAUUAUCAGAUGUCCUGUGAGUUCCAUGGUCGAGUUUGACCCUUUUUAGCGUCCAAUAGUCCAGACACUGAUGUUUUGUGACUGUUUUCAACCAAACACCUGAGUUCGUUCACCUCGUUGAACUUCCUGCAUACAUGUUCCUUGAGAUUACUGUCACGACUGCAACAUAUCUACGUGUUUUGAUGUUUCCUUUUUUGUGAUUUUGUUUUUGUUUUGUUGUUGGCGAGUUCUGUUUUUUGGCUUUGAGGUAAAGAGAGGAUGUAGGGGGGGGGUCUAGGUUCCAGACCACCCUAGUAAAGCAAACUAUUCAAUUUAUUUGCACUGUGGUAAAAAUAGUGGGGUACCAAGGCUAACCAAGUUAUUGUUCAACAUACUAUCCUGAUUGGUGUAUAUUAUUAUACCCUGAUUAGAAUAUUGCUCACCUAAUGUGGAGAGCAACAAGUAUGGUGACAAUAACGACUGAACUUCGAAGGAUGUUCCUGGGGCUGGAUUAAGUUAAACUUCAGAUGAAAAUUUUCAAAAUAAAAUUUCACUGUUGAAAACCAGUGCAUUUUUGCUUUCAGACACAUCAUGAAAUGUGUACUUGUUCACAAAUCAGGUAAUUUUAAACCAAAAACUCAAUAUAACAAUUUAAUGAGGUUGGAACCCUGUUUUUUACAACCAGGGCCUAAUUUCGUAGAACUGCUUUUAAGCAGACAAUUUUGCUUAACAAUUUUGCGCUUAGCAAAAUCUAGCAGGAUACCAGUCAAAGAUUGCGCAUGUGAUAAGGCAGUUUUGCUGAUAACCUUAUUCUUAAUUUUGUUGUGUUUAGCUACUUUCUGUGCUAAAGCAACUCUAUGAAAUUGGGGGCCAGGAAUAUCCGUAGAGAGUUCAGAUUUGUUAAUUUUGAGCCCUUGACCCCUUUUUCCAAUGAAUACCACAUUUUUUUAAUUUCAACAUGACCAAAUCAGAAGACUAUUUUGAAAAACUGUACAGCAAGCUAAGGAGUAAUCAAAAUACAUGAAGUAUUUGGCACUUCACCUGUAACUCAUGUUACACUUCCAGGUUACUCACAUACUGGUGAAAUUAACAGAAAUGUUUCUUUAUUUUUCAUAUUUUUGGGAUAACUCAUAUAUUUUUUUAAAUUGUUGCAUAAAAGUACUGCAUAAGAUCUAGAGUGUAUCCCUGCAUUAACUGGAGAUCGGCGAAUGAACCCCCUUCUUUUGACCAAUCACAUUUUUGUGAAAGGGCCGUUUGUCUGUUCAAGAAACAGUCGAGUUCAAUCCAUUGUUAUGGACAUCCAGACAGUUUUGUAGGGGGUUUUGGUUUUUUUUUGUAAAUGAUUUUAUAUACACAUAAUUUGGAUUUAAGCAGAGUGUGUAGGGAACGCUGCAGUGGCCGUGUGGUAAGAAGUACGUGCGGUUUUAAACGCAUUGACAUUAGAUUUUCCCACUAAUUGUGCUGUGUUUCCACACACAGUACGUGUUGCACUUUUGUCAUCAUGUCGGCGGAACAAAAUUUGAUACAAACUAUUUUUAACCAUUUCAAGAAUCUAUAUCCAAGUUUUUUGGUUUUUUUUACAUAGGUAAAAUGAUUUUUAAAGAAACCGACAAGUGAAUUAUUAGCUUUUAUCAUUUUCCUUUCACACAUUUUUCGAUUUUCAUUUCAUGUUUACACUCAGGAUGUGAAACUGAAUUUUAUAUAAUAUAUAUAUAUAACUGCCUUUUAAAUUAAUUCAUGUAAGUAUCACGCAAGGCUGGGCCUUGCAAUUUUCUUACCGAUGAAGCAAGUUAAACUGCAUUUAAAACAUGGAGCAUGUGUGUGUGUGUGUAUGGGUGAUUUUAACUGCACCUGUAUUGUUGUGCAGAAGGACAUGUACAAACAAAACACUUAAUUUUGUAAAAACUGUAGUGCUUCCUGCAGCAGUCCAGACUUGGGUCCAAGUCAUAGAGUUAUAUAUAUAAGAACUAGAGGGCGCACUGGCCUAUAUACGCGCUCUGGCAUGCGCCCA